UUGUUUCUACGGAUGCGGAUCCAGCAAUUACUGGUGCUAUUGAAAAUAUAUGGCAUGGCACAAAGCAUCACUUCUGUUUGUUUCACAUACGAAAAAAUCUUGAAAAACAUUUUCUCUCUAAGUUUGGUAGAGAAAAGUUUAGAAAUUUUUUUUCAAGUUUCUGUCAAGCACGCAAUAGCACUACUGAAGCUGUUUUUGAGAAAAAGUGGCAACAGGUUUUGGAUCUUUUUCCUGAAGCACAAUCUUAUUUUAGGCGUCAGCUUUAUCCUCAUCGUGAAGCAUGGUCACAAUUUGUGAGAUUUAAUGAAACUAAUGGAGAGUUACCACGUGUUAUGAAUGCAUCGUACCGGGAUCACUAUUUUAUAGCGAUCGAUGAAGCUUGCACUAAAUUUCUUACACCGGCGAUACAAAAGCUGCAACAGAAUCAAAUGGAUCAAUGCUCCCAUUAUCGAGCUUAUCAUACUAACUUGGAGGUUGAGUUACAACAAGCUCAUGUUGAAAAUGUUAAUGAACUGGAUACACCUAAAGGCAUGUUUAGUGAAGAUUUGUAUGAUGAAACACUCAUCGAAUUAAUAGAACUCGUUGAUGGUAUUAGCGAUAUUAGAGAACUAUGGAUAGUAUCACGUAUUGACCAACAAAGGCCCAUGCAACAAAAUGAUUAUA